GAGGAUGAGGAGUCGGGCAGCGCCCGGGCCGGCCCAACAGCUCCCCGCCUUCUGGUACCAACCAGCGUGUUAAACAUGUUCAAAGACCAAGAGGAGGAGGUCGUGGAUGACAGCACCAAGCAUGGCGGGCGUGUACGCAACUUCCCACAUGUGCGGGGCAAUUGGAUAACAUAUGUCUACAUGCCAUAUGAAGCCUCGGAGGAUUUCCUGGAGUUGCUGGAGCUCCUUAUUUCCCAUGCUCGCACAUAUGCUGUGUCACUCGCCGCCAUGGAGGAGUUUCACAUCAGCCUCUCGCAAAAUGUGGUGCUGCGUUAUCAUUGGAUAACCCCCUUUGUGCAGUCUCUCAAGGAACACCUGGCCACUGCUUACAGGUUCUUCUGUACAGUUGACCAGGUGAAGGUUUACACCAACCAGAACAAAACCAGGACCUUUGUAGGCUUGGAGGUCUCUUCUGGGCAUCCUCAGCUGUUGGAGCUGGUCUCAGGGGUGGACAGAGUUAUGGAGGAGUUUGAUCUCCCAACGUUCUACAAGAACCCCUCAUUCCAUAUCAGCCUGGCUUGGUGUGUCGGAGACCUGACUGACAGGUUGGAAGGGCAGUGUCUCCAGAAGCUUCAGGAGAUUGUGGAUGGGUUUGAGGACUCUGCAUUCCUACUACGAAUCCAGUGGGAGCAAAUCCGCUGCAAAUCCGGGAACAAGUUGUUCUCCUUUCCCUUGAGGUAGGGAGCAGGAAAACCACAUAUUCCAGCUGCCCCAAUGCCUGGGCUCUGCUCCUGAGACAAGAAAUCAGUGCUGCACUGUGCAACUGGACAGUUUGAAGAUUCACAUGUAUCCUGAGUUGCUGAUCUCAGCUCAUCAUCCCAAUGGAGUUUGGAAGCUCAAGCCAGGCUGCUUUUAGUUGUUGCUGGCCCAGAAUGUGGAUAUUUGCACUAUGAUUCCUCACAGUUGCUGUUAGCUUGGGGUGUUGUUCAUGAGCACAGGUAGUUUAGGUUUUCCUAUAGUUGUCAGUUAUGCUGUGGGGAUUUUUAAGCCCUGUUUAUCUUCUGGGGAACUGAAAAUGUUUGUGGGAGGGCAUUUGCUAAAAAGAAGAAUGUAGGGCACUACAUUGCUAUGGGGAUAUAGAGCAUAGUUGCUGUACUGAGCUUGGAGCUUUUAACAGCAAGAUGAGGGUUGCUGAGUUUUAUCAUUCCCAUGACAGACGGUCACAGCACCUCUCUGCAUGUAGCUGAUUGGAACAGGUUCCCUUAUAAAGCUUUAUUUUUUUUCUACUGUCAAUGCUGUAGUUGCUAUAUGGAUGCAAUUCAGCAUCUAAUCCUCAUUCCAAAUUGAUGUGGAAUUAGAGCUGGCAAAGAUAUGGAAGUUCCAUGACUCAGUGCUAGUCAGUGAGACUCCAGGAUGGAAUUAAUAGGAAGUGUUCAGUUUAAACUGAUCCACAGACUCUCUGAAGGGUGAGGAAGGGCAAAGGCACAGAUUUCAAAUAUUUUCCCUGGGAGCUCUCUCUAAUAUGAAUCCUACUGUUAUACUGUAAAGUGUCCAAAAGAGGGCAAUGUUGGCUUUCACCACCAAUCCUUUACAGCAGGGAACUGCAGAUAGCAGAAUGUGGUAGCCCUUUGAUCAUCCUGGAGUCUAGUGAGCUUGCUGCUGUUUAGUUCCAUUUGGGUGCACCAAAAACAUUGGUCUCCGGGGCUAAUGUCAACUUUCAGCUACACUGUUUGUCUUCAAAUUAAAAAAGCAAUUUUUUUUUUUUUUGUAACAACAAUUCUGGAUUCUCAUCUGAGCCUCAGUCACUGGGAAAUCCCCUGCAGGCAAUAUAUUUGUUUUGAGAUGAUGGGCUUUUGCCUCCCAGGUAUUGUGGAUGGAAGUUGGUAUGCUGUCCAGUAUCUUUUGCUUUGCGUUUGUCUAUUAAAAGACCCAGAGAGGCUUGCUUCUUAGCAUUGGCACCUGCCUUUUCGAUGGUGUAAAGCUGUUUUCUCAGUGCAUUAUAGGCAGCUAGGGCCUGAUUUUUUUCAGUUCUCAGCUCCUGCAGCUCCCAUUGUCCUCCAGAAACCCUCCCUAGUCCUUCUCUCCAGCAUGACAUCAGCUGGAGGAUGAAGUCGCUGGUCAGAGCAUAAAGACCAGAGGCACUGAGCCUGUCAGAGGGGCUUUAGCGCCCUUUAAAAUAUCUGUGUUUGGAUGCCCUUUGUUUUAUGAGCUUUAUAUCUAUCGCAUAUCAUUUUAAAACUGUAAUUGGAUCCCUAGGGGGAGACGAGGGAUGGCAGAUGGAAGAAAAUGUUUAAAAGUUUGUAGUAAAAAAAAAAUAAAAAUCUAAAAAUAAAUAACUUUCUACUUCUGCUUCCUGUCCUUGUGACUGAUUUUUUAAAAUAGACACUGGAGUCUGUCUGUCUGAGCACUCCUUUUCCUUAAGACAGUCACCUGGCUGUCUCAGCAGCUCAGCGCUGGCUGGAGUUGCUGCUUCCCCCCAGAACAGAGCAAGGUCCCUUAUGACCCAAGGGCAAAUCCUAAGCCUAUCGAAAUCUCUGAGUUUUGACUUCAGUGGGGCUGAGAUUUUGCAGCCAGUGUGCAGUUAUAGCAGCUGCCUUCAUUGGAAGAUACUUGAGCUUUUUUCUUUUCUAAAUGCUCUGCCAGAUACCUGGAUCACUUUACCAUCUGUUCCCAAACAGCACUCUCUCUGUUCAUGGAUAUUAAAAAUGUCUACGUAUCCCUUCCCUUAUAAAUAAUGUAAUAAUUGUAUUUUUUAAAAUCUUGGUUAAUUGAGCUGUUUUUCCAUUUUUAGCAUGGUGUAACCUGCCAUCAUGAUUUGUAUCAAGCUUGUCUCCUGCAGUUACAACCCAUACACAUGGUGUGCUGUGACUUACACCGUGAUAUGGAAUUUCAUUGUUAAUGCUGUAUGUUUUCAUAACCACAGGUUCCCUGAUGCAAUGACCCUAGGAGGGAAGGAGGCUGCAUCCAGAUGCACUCAGCUGUAACUGCUGUGGGUGUGGGUGGUACUUUGUCCAUUUCAGCAGCCUAUCCUAUGAGGAUCUUAAGAGUGCUUUAUAAGAUCCCCUUGCUGCUGCACACAUUGGUAACCAUAGCCAUAAAUUUACA